GCAUCCAGCUCCGUCCUGUCCAGGUUAGAACCGCAGCUGAGCCUAUUCCAGCUGGGAAGCGGAAUUAUUGCCUCAGCGUGGUUUUGUUUGUCUGGAUUUUCUUUCUGGAGCCGAAAUAUUUAAACACUUCUAUUACGGGUUUAUUGUGUUUAUUUAUUGAUCAAGAUGGGCUGCGCUGGAUUCACCUGCUCCAAACACUCCCUGUGCGCGCUCAACAUCCUCUAUGUUAUGGUGAGCCUGCUGAUGAUCGGCAUCGCAGCGUGGGGGAAGUGGUUCGGUCUGGUCUCCAGUUUCCAGGUAGUGGGAGGCAUCAUCGGUGUGGGCGUCUUUCUCUUCUUUGUGGCCCUGGCCGGCCUCAUGGGGGCCAUGAAGCAUCACCAGGUCCUGCUCUUCUUCUACAUGAUCGUCCUGUUCAUGGUGUUUGUUGUGCAGUUCUCUGUUUCCAGCGCCUGUUUGGCCAUCAACAGAGAGCAACAGGACCACCUGCUGGAAGUGGGUUGGAAUAACUCUCAGAGCACUCAGAGGGAUGUGGAGAAAAGCCUCAACUGCUGUGGCUUCAAACAGGUGGACCCCAACCUCACCUGUGAAGCUGCGUGUUUCCCCAACCACUCGUGUUUGCCCUGUGCAGAGAAGAUCCAGGAAAAUGCUGGCGAGGCUCUCCGCUUUGUAGGAGGGAUCGGCCUCUUUUUCAGCUUCACUGAGAUUCUGGGAGUGUGGCUCACGUAUCGCUACAGGAACCAGAAGGAUCCCCGAGCAAACCCCAGUGCUUUCCUGUGAUGGUGCUUUCAGCAGCUUCAGCCCCUUGCACCGUCACCUCGCCACCUCUAUGGACCUCUUCUGGGCUUUCACUGUAAAUACAACACUGACCUGUGUGUUUCCACUGAUGGCUGCAGAGAUGCUGUUAUAAUGUGAUGUGUUUGGUUUUCAAGAAUGAAAUGUGGUCUGAAAACAAGUUGUGUGUGAAGGAACAGCGCACAUGUUGCCUCCAGCGUGACACUGAACACACUGGACAUAUGCAGCCAGUACUCUGAGCACUUGUGGGUGAAGAGGUAAUAUUGUCUACAGCAGUCUGCUGUAUAUUCCAAAAGUAUGUAUGCAGCCUGCCUGAUGUUGACCCUGAACACUGAUUUUCCUUUUGUUGCUUGUUUGUUCUAUAAAACUGUGGGUCCCACUGAAUGCAAUAAUGUCAGCCACUAGUCUGCAUAUUGAUAGGACUCAGAUAUUUUCACCAUGUGUGAAAGUAUGAAUAUUGUGUGAUGAGGAUCUAUGUAUAUAUAUGUGUGUGUGUGUGUGUGUGUGUCACUAGUCUUGCUCCUGGCUGCGUGCUGUGUAUUUGGCCUUUUGCAUGACUCUACUGCAAAUAUAAGCUACAGAUUGAGACCUGCAGUGAUGAUUCUGUAAAGCACCUGUCUGAGCCUUUGUACUGUAAACCACAAUAAAACACUAAUAAGAAAAAACAG